AAAAAAAAACUUGUAAUUCAGCAUGAUAUACAGGUAAUCUUUAAAGCCCUAUAAACCUUAUUAGAACUGUUUAUGCGAUGUUGCAUAUUCAAGGAUUGCUUGACUGCAUGGCUACGUACUGUAGUAGUUCAUCAAGCCGUAGGUGGAUCGUCUGAGGUGUAAAAAGUGCAUUAGUUUGCAUACUAAACCCUGAUUACAGAGAGCAGUGUGAAACCUGUGUUGGCUGUUUAACUGAGCACCACGGGCAGACUCAGGGGAGACAUUCAAUACUUUGUUGCGGCUCAGAGAGGCAUACCUGGCAUCAGGGACGUCCGGGCUAUGGCACUUUGGGUACAGGCAACUGUCCUACUUGUCGCCUUAAUAACAUCAGCAGUAAGAGGUAGAGUGGAAAAAGAGCUGUCUCCAGAGUGCAGAGAAUUCCUCUACAUGGGAACACCACCGACAGGGCUGGAGCACCACUCCCUGCGGUUCAUUUGUCAACGUUACAACAAGAAGGCGCGCUAUGUGACGCUGUACAACGUUGUGGACCAUAUACCCAUCUACUCUGCCUACACCUUCAAACGCUCAGAGGGGGAGAAAUGUGUGGAUGUGCCUUGGAUGUACGAACCUCAGCUAUCCACAUCCUCUGAUACAGAUGAGAUGCAGCCCUUCCCCCGUGGCUACAUGCACAUGAAUUUUGAAGAAUCCCAAGCUGUUCUGGAUGAUUAUACGAAUGCCAUCCUCUACGAACGUGGCACCCUCAACCCAGAUGAGCAUCAGGGCGAGCCUGAUGACAAGGCCUCCACAUACACCCUGACUAACGUCGUGCCCAUGGUGCCCGACUUCAACAAUGGAGUCUGGAACAAACAGGAGCACAUCAUCCGCAAACGGCUUAACAACUACUGUCGUGGACCAGCUUACAUUGUUACAGGUAUCACCACCUCGGGGAAGAUGAUCCACCGUCAAAACAUCAACCGCAUUGCAGUGCCCACAUACCUGUGGUCAGCUUAUUGCUGUGUUGACUUUGACCACAACGCGCCUUACAUUGAACGCUAUAAGUUCCCAUCUUUUGCUCACUAUGGCCUCAACGAGGGGAGCAACGAUGUGGUGGAAAUCUCUGUCCAGAAGUUGAAGGAGUUCCUCAAGAAGACCACCUUUGUAGACCAGAACUUUCAGAUCUUUGUCAGUGACUGUUUCCCACCAGCAUCGAGUUAAACCACAUGAGCAAACACUUAGCUAUAAGGCAGUUAUGUGCCAUGGUUCUGUUUCUUCUUGUUUAAGGCCUUGAUCACAGCAGAGUUUUCUUUACUUGCCAUAGUAUGAAAGGCACAGAUUUUAUUAUAAGCAUUAUUGGCUUUGUUCAAGUGUCCCAGUAAGUCAUGACAGUGUGAAAGUGAGCCAGCUUGCACAAUCAAUUCAUAGAAAACAUGGACUUUGUAUCACUUGUAACAAUCAACACUUAGAGACAGUGCAAACAUAACAGUGCUUUUACUGUAUUUUGAACACUUGAUUAAAUAACUGAAGACUAAUCUUGCCGACUGUGAAAAAAAGUACAUGCUUUGUCUAACCUUGCAAAAAUAAACCUGAGCAAUGUUUUA